AUGUCUGAGAUACACUUGUUCCUCCUCUUCUUCCUCGUCCGCGGAUCCCUUCUUGCAGACUCUCUUAAUCCUUUUUGCCCUGUAACCCAAUUAUCAUGUGGAGGUACCACCUGGAAUAUUAGCUUUCCUUUCUUCACAAACUCCACCACUAAUCCAAGAUGCCCUGAAGUUCAUUACAUCUAUUGUCAGAAUGAGUCACCUGUGGUCCAAUUUUAUAACACCGGAUUUGCGUACGCUGUUAGAGAUUAUUCACCCCAGGAUAAAACAAUUGUAGUUGAUGAUUUCAACCUAAAUUCCUAUUGGGCACCCGAUUGCGUUUUCCUUUACAAUUUUACGCACCCCGUCCCUGCUAUUAAUCUCACCCAACUCACGUUGAGUACAAAGAAGGCAUUAACUGCGUUCACCUGCGAUGAAAUAGAAAGCGACUACAAUCAGAAUAUUUUCAGCGACUAUUUGGGUCAUGUUUCGUGCAAGAACUACACGCUCUUCCUUCCGCAAAUUUCCGGGUACCGUCGUGAGAGUGAUCUUCCUCCCCAUUGUUUUAGUCGGGGAGGCCUCUGGUUUAACUGGAAAUUGUCGUUUGGCGGAGAUUAUGGAGGUAGCAGUGAUGGCGGCAUUUCUCUGCUCUCCGGCGGUUUCUCUCACAACUGGGUUCUUCACCCAGAUUGUUUCGGUUGCGAAGUAACUGCUAGCGAUAGUUGUAGUACAAGCGGCGAUCCAGGAGACCUAGACUCCCCAUGCCAAUGCAUUAAGCACUGCCAAGGUGAUGGAAAAGGUGCACACGUUCUAAGGAAAAGAAGCAUCAUAAUAGGUGUCAUUGUUGGCCUUUUAAGCUUAUUAUUAUUUGCCCUAUUCUUUUUCAUCUACCUUUUACGCAAAAGGCUCUAUGACCUGCUGCUCUUUCCAAAGAAGAUAUCAGAAACUGAACAAAGAGUGGAGGCCAUUUUACAGAAUUAUAAGCAUUGCGCCCCAAAAAGGUACGAGUAUUCGGAGGUAAAGAAAAUAACGAAAAAUUUCAAAAAUACUAUUGGAAAAGGCGGAUUCGGGGUCGUCUUCAAGGGAAAGCUAUCUGAUGGCCAAGAAGUAGCUGUGAAGGUCUUAAAUGAAUCUAAAGGAGAAGGCGAAGACUUUGUUACUGAAAUUCUCAGCAUCAGCAGAACUUCCCAUGUUAAUGUUGUUAUGUUGCUGGGCUUCUGUUUCGAGGGGUCCAAUAGAGCUCUUAUCUAUGAAUUCAUGCCAAACGGAACCUUAGCUGAUUUCAUCUACGAAGACAAAUCUAAUAUGGAAGCUUCAGUUCGUUGGGAAAGAUUACACGACAUAGCAGUCGGCAUAGCUCGAGGGCUAGAGUGUCUGCAUCGUGGAUGUAAUAGUCGCAUAGUGCACUUUGACAUAAAGCCUCAUAACAUCUUACUCGACAAACAACUUCGGCCCAAAAUCGCCGAUUUCGGAUUGGCUAAGUUAUGUUCCACAAAAAUGAGUGCCCUUUCGGUGCACGGUAGAAGAGGAACCCCUGGGUAUAUGGCCCCAGAAUUCUGCUUCCCAAAUUUUGGGAGCAUCUCCAGUAAGGCCGAUGUCUAUAGCUAUGGAAUGAUGGUACUUCAAAUGGUUAAGGAAAGGGAUAGUAUCUGUGAAGGAGUGGAGAAUAGUAGUGAAUAUUGUUCAGUGUAUUGUAUAUACAAUCAUCUAACUAAAUAUGAUGAUUUAGGUGCUUUUGGGGUGACUGUGGAAACCGAAGAAAUUGCAAAAAAAUUGAUAUUAGUAGGGCUUUGGUGUAUACAGAUAAUACCUGCCGAUCGACCAUCAAUGAGUCAAGUCGUGGAGAUGCUUGAAGGUGGUGUAGAAUGUUUGCCAAUGCCGCCAUUCCCUAAGUUGUUUUGACUGUGGAAAUUAGUUGCACUAUCAAAUAGCUCUUCUAGUUCCUAUGUUUAAAUGGUUUGUUGUUUUAGCACAUUCAAAUC